AUGAAACCAUCUAAACUGCAAGAUCAUCUGAGAAGAUGCCACCCUGAUAAAACAGAGAAAGAUUUGAAAUACUUUCAAACACUCAAAGAUAAAUUUCAGAAGAGACCUACACUGGACAGAAUGUUCGCUUCGACGUCGCAAAGAAAUGAUGAUGGUUUGCGGGCGUCUUACAAUAUCUCGUUACUUAUAGCAAAAUCCGGAAAACCGCAUACUAUCGGAGAGAAGUUAAUUUUGCCAGCCGUUGAAGAGCUUUUAAAAACUGUUUUACACAAACCUGCAUCUGAUGUCAUUAAAAGAAUUCCCUUAAGCCAAAAAAACAGUUGA